AUGAAUGACCUACUUCAACUCACAGGGCCUAAACUGAUCAUUCUUGUUUGCCUUGACGGAAGCGCGAGAGGAGCCUUGUUGCGGGAUAAAAAUGGAGUACCAUGGAUGGAGGAUGGGGUCAGUGAGAAUGUUACCUGUUACGGAUAUCCCGGAAAGAUUCAUGAUUUGAUAGCGGUAACAAAUGUCGCCGGAAUGAGUUACUACGAGCAAGCAGCCUUCAGAGUAACAUAUAUACCCAUUAACAAUAUCGUAAUUCAAACUAAAAAAGAUGAAACUGGGCCAAAGAUAAGGGCCAGACGUUCCUCAAGAGUAAGCGUCUUCUGCUUCAUCGGUGCCACUCAGAGUAUCAGAAGUGCAAUCGGAAACUUAGCUGCCAGGAAAAUGUCAGUUCAGUCAUCUUAUCACUGGCGAGACCCGAGUAAAUUUGGUCCGGAACGUGCAGUAGAUGGUGUUCGAUAUCCCAACCAAAACGAUCCAACAUUCAGGUCAUGCGCUCAUACUGGUGUGGGUGAUUUUUCCCCCUUCUGGCAAGUCGAUCUAGGAUCACAAUAUCUUGUGUCGUCUGUCUCUUUCUUAAGCAGGGAAAGAUGUUGUGAUGAGCGUAACACACGCCUGAACAUCACUGUGGCAGAAACAGCCACUGGACCACGAAUUUUGUGUAUGUAUUAUCCAGGACCGGCCUUCAAGAAUCAGAUGAAAACAUUCUUCUGUGAGACACCAGUGAAUGGCCGGUUUGUGAGAGUCGCGCGAGAUCGCGAGAUUCUGAAUCCCUGUGAAAUCGAGGUGUACGGUUUCCGAUGA